AUGUCUAAAUUGCAACGACACGUACAAUGUUAUGAUGCUUACGCACCAUUGGAAAUGAUCCAGCGAUGUAUACGAGAAGGACAUCAUGUGAUGGUUCUUAUGCGAGGAAUUCCCGGUAGUGGGAAAACACAUCUCGCCAAUCUUCUGUCGUCUAACUAUGGCGGAGUAGUGUGUAGCACGGACGAUUUUUUCAUUGAAAACGGCGAAUAUCGAUUUCAACCGGAAAAAUUGGAGGAGUACCACAAAAACAAUAUUUUACGAGUUAGAGAGGCGAUGAAAGAUGGAAUUAAACCAAUUAUAGUCGAUAAUACGAACAUCUUUGCAAAUCACAUGGAACAGUAUGCUCUUCACGCGGUCACGCAUUGCUAUGAAAUAUUUGUCGUUGAACCAGAAACGUCAUGGAAAUAUGCGGUGAAAGAAUGUUAUAGGCGUAAUGUCCACGGAGUUGACAAGUCGAGAAUCCACCAAAUGUUGCAGUCCUUGGAAGAGCAAGGAAGGCCAUCGUUGUCACGACUUGUCGGUAAAAAGCGUGAAGUAAGGUUGGAUCCACCAUGUGAUGUGGUAGAGAAUGCUCUUGUUGCAAAGUUCUCAUCUCUAAAAUGUGGCGCUUCUGCUUUACCGGCAACCUUUAACGGCAAUUCGUCAGAUAUGCCUGAGAACGAUGCUCCUCCCGGGCUGCCGAUCACGAAUGCAUCAUGUAUUUUUGCAAAGCUAUUCCCUCAAAACGUUGAUUCUACUACCUCUCCACUUCCUCCGUCAGUUACGCUAUCACUUGCUGUUGAUACUCGUACUCAUGUUCGAGAGAUUGUGGUCCGAGAUAUGGCGACGCAAACUAAUGAAGUUAUAGUGACGUUGACAUGUGCUGGUGUUCCAUGCGUGGUCGAAGACUUCUUCGAAGGCCCUUCAUGUAGUGUUGAGAGAGUGAAGGAUCCGAAGAUUCAGAUGAAGGAUCGCAUAGUCAGAAUGGAAAACAUUCCACAGGUUUCCGAACUAGAUGUACUGAUCGCGAUAUUUCCGUUCGAAAGUAUUAACAACUUGACACAUUACUACCAGAUGAUGGGAUUUGAUGGGUGCGUGAAACUUUUUGUGGAGUUGGGUGCUUAUGUUGACUGGUCAGCAUCAGUCGUCGAGGGAACAUUCGCAGAAGACAUUGCGGCAGCUGAGAUGAGCGCAACACUUCCUCAUCCACCGCCUCCAAGAACUGAUUGGCAGAGGUUGGCUGAACAAGAAGGCAUGAAUGUUUCGGACAAAUCAGCCAGGAUGUCUCCUUCGCCUGCAGAAUCUCUAUGUACAGCGUCUCCAUUGGUGAAUGCUAUUAACGUCACCCUCAAUGUGGAUAUAUUACAGAAGAUGAGCGUACUUUUUGGGAACGGAAUGCCUAUCGAAGAAGAAUGUAAUCUCAGCGUACCGUUAUGGCUUCUGGAGCAGCUGUACAUAAUUUGGCAGAAAGAUGUUCGUCAAAGUCAACAUGAUACUGAUGUCGAGUUAGCGUCACUUCUGCAGGAAGAUGAAGAUGAAGAAGCAAUUAGUGGAUACUCGAAGAAACAGAUGACGGUGGCGCAAAAACUGAACCUAAACGAGCUCACCAAGGAAUUUGCUGCUUGCGAUUCGGAGCGUGUGCGGCAAAUCUAUGAGGACAACAAGUAUGAUGCUGCCGCCACGCGUCUGACUCUCCACAUAAUGUUAAAUCCUGAUGAUGAAAUCGAGAGCCUGAACCAGAUUCCUGUCACGCCAUCCCAACUUCCAAAGCCGGUAGCACCACAUCUACUACCUCAUGCCCGUCCUCGAACAGAGUCAACCCUACCACUAGCACAACAACGGGCGCUUCAGUAUCAACGGGAAGCUGAUUUGUUUGCUGCGAAGCGAGCAGUCGAGACGCGGAAAGCACAAGGGUAUAUAAGGUCGGGUUUGGUGCCAGCCGCAACUGUUUAUCAACAGUUUGCCCGAGAGCAUGCUGAACGUGAGAGAAGUCUUCGUGAGAAAGCUGCUGACAUCAUAAUAAAAGCUCACGAGAACUCGAACUUUCUUGACCUCCAUCUUCUUAGUCAAAAAGAUGCAUUGGCUUUGCUUAGGGAGCGACUAGAGUUGCUGGAUCGUCCGGAAUUUUUGAGAAACGGUCGCUCAGAUCGUCGUUUACGUGUGAUCACAGGUUAUGGCAAAAGCAGUGGCGGAAGAGCUGUGAUAAAACCCGCUGUAGAAUCUUACUUAAGGAAGAAAGGAUAUGUAUACUGUUUUACAAAUAUGGGAGAGAUUAUGGUCCACUGCAAAUAG